AUGGUUAGUACAGGAUCUAGAAGCGACGGCAAGCUCUGGGGAAGCGACGCCCUGGAGGGUCUUCCUCCAACAGUCAAUAUUUAUCCAUGGGAAGGCCCCGAUCAUUUCCAGAACAUCGUCGAUUCAGAGCUGCAUCAAUUCAAAGAUCCUGAACGCUCAUCUCCCUGCGACUGGAUAGUCUUUUCCAACGUCUCCGAAACCAUUUUCGAACGCGACUUCGAAGAAGAAACCGAUCUGAGCAAGCAGUGGAAAUCAUAUAAUCACUCCCUUCAACUUCUCUUCGUUGAAAUCGCCAUGGGAACUCCCGAGCAUACUGAGGCUACGCAGACUUUCAAUUAUAUCCUGAAGGAAGCGGUCGAUCGGAUGGGACUGUCGACAGCCUUGAAAAAUUUCUCAGGCACCACGGUCCGGGGAGAUGACCGGGCCAAAGUACCUGAUAAUGGCUGGGGUCCCAGGCGUCCCCCGGCCGGCUGUUCUCGAAAAUGGCCAACGGUGGUGUUAGAGGUUGGGGUCUCCCAACGGAAGUCAAAGCUCGAGGAGGACGCGCGUUUCUGGCUCGAGGAGUCAGAAGGCGACGUCAAAAUCUCCCUAGCAAUAUCAGUAAAUCGACGGAUUCCAGAGAUCGUGCUACAAAAGUGGAAGGUCAGCAACGGAAAGCCAGCAAUGGCACAGAAGGUGAUAGUCUGGCGCCACAAUGAAGAUACCUUGUUCGAUAACGAGCCCCUCGUUAUUGAAUUUGAGGAUCUGUUCUUGCGAGAAGCACGCAUCCCCCGGGAAGUCAACAUUGAGUUUGACAAGGGCAAUCUCCGGCGUCUUGCCGAGAACAUCUGGCUGGAGCAGGGGUUCAUGGAGUAG